AAAGUUCUUAAAAUAUUCUGUGCAGGAAGGACCCAGUGUGCAUCACUCAGCUACUGACAGUUAUGGCGACCAUUGUGAUGGAGAGAAUUGGGCGAGUGUUCAUCAGCCUGCAGCAGAUCAGGGAGCUUCCUCGGAUGCUGACUGAUGCUGCACCCUCCAUGCCCGGCACCGUAAGAGACACCGAGGUUCCCUACUACUUCAGGGAGCGCUACGUCUGCACCGGCUACCGGCCACUCUACCAAGACUGGCGCUAUUACUUCCUGUCUUUAUUCCAGCGCCACAAUGAGACAAUCAACAUCUGGACUCACCUGCUGGCAUUUUUAGUUAUUCUGGUUAGAUUACGGCAACUCGCUGAGACUGUGGACUUUGUUGGUGAUCCUCAUUCAUGGCCCCUGUUGAUCCUCAUCCUGUCCUCCUUGACCUACUCGGCAUUCAGCGCAGCAGCUCACCUACUGGGUGGAAAGUCUGAGCUGUGUCAUUACAUCUUCUUCUUUCUGGACUAUGUUGGGGUAGCCCAGUAUCAGUACGGCAGUGCUAUAGUUCACUUUUACUAUGCUGUGGAUGAGAGCUUGCACAGACACGUGCAUGGGAUCUUCAUGCCCGCUGCCACUGUCCUCAGCUGUCUGUCAUGCCUGGGAUGCUGCUAUGGCAAGUACUUCAACCACAGCUUACCGACGUGGGUGCGUAAGGUGGGUCAGGUGGUGCCCUCAACCCUCGCCUUUUUCUGGGACAGCAGUCCUGUGGCUAUAAGACUCAUGUCAUGGUCUCCAGCCAGCAAUGACCCAGCCAUUAGCUAUCACUUUGGCCAGGUGGCUUUCUUUCUCAGCUGCAGCUUCUUCUUUACCUUCCCUCUGCUAGAGCGCUGCUUCCCUGGGCGGUGCGAUUUCGUGGGACAGAGUCAUCAGAUCUUCCAUGUACUCUUAUCUUGCUGCACCCUGUGUCAGAUCCAUGCCUCUCACCUCGACUACGUGGGCCGUAGGAAGCUGUACUCAUGUCUGCAUAAGAGCGGUGAGGCUGCUCUCUUUGUGGGAUUGUACGUGGUCACUUUGGUUGGAUGUGCGCUAGUUGUUGCCUUCAUGCUGAAGAAAGCUAAACAAGUGCUUGAUUUCAAAGCCAAGUCCAAAUGAUAGAUUGGCAUAGAUGAACCUGGCUCUGUCCAAAGGUAUACAAAUCCAUCUCUCAGCACCUCUGACACUCAGUGAUAAGCAUGUUUUAUCUCAUGUGUUUAAUUUGCAACCUUACUGACAGGACAAUAUCAUUAGCGCAAUAUCUCUUGUGAAUAGGACCUUGAGCCGGGGCCAGGCUAGCUGUUUUCCCAUGAUCCCAGUCUUCAUGCUAAGCUAAGCUAACCUUAGCGAACAGUUAACUGACAGAUUGGUAUUGAUCCUCUCAAUAUCGGAAAGUGUCAACUUUGUUGACGUUUUUCUUCUUAUAGCCAAAUUAAGCUAAUGCCAACCACUGCCAAUUCACCAACA